CAAAUAUUGGGGGAUCUACGCCUAUGUGACUGAUCGAUCGAUUGAUUGAUCAACAGACAAGAGAGAGUGGACUCUAGCAUGGGGGGGGGGGCAAUACAUGGUUAUUCAAGGAUUUCUUGUGGUUGUUAGCUUCGACGACACGCCUAGUUUAAUAUAACGCAUCAUGUUAUAGUCUAUAAUGUGAACAGAAAUCUAAUCCGUUAUUGUUUGUAUAUAUAUUCUGAUUAAUAUUCAGGAAUCGAAGGCGCUUGAUAUGAUUACAAAUGUAUGUUUGGGAAUAUCACUGCUGAGCUUAUUACUACUCCUACCUGUCUAUUGCUUUUUCAGGGACUUGUGGAGAUCGACUCGGAUUUUCAUUCACGGUAACCUUGUACUAAAUCUAAUAGCCACGUAUAUUACAUUCCUCAGUGGAAUCGACAGUAAUAAAAAUGAGGUGUGUCGAUUCGUUGGUGUAACUUUACACUUUACACUUCUCAGUUUAUUUAUGUGGAUGAUGGCCGAGGCAGUCUUUAUCGCACUGAAAGUCACGAAACCCAAUUCAACAAAACGAAACAUUCCUCGAUAUUAUUUAAUAAUUUGCUACGGUGUCUCCGUAGUAAUUGUCGUUAUUACAGUUGCCGUUGAUAUAGAUAAUUAUAACACAACUAAUCCAUGCUGGCUAAAUAUAGAAACUGGAGCAAUAUACGCUAUCGUAGUACCCGCUUUAAUCAUAAUUAUGUUUAACACAGCCAUCUUGAUUAUGACGUUACGAACUAUUUACAUAAAAUCUAGAUCGAGACUACCACGAUCUGAACAAAAGCAAAAUGAAAGUACCUUAAAAACUGUGAAGGCGACCUUGUUUCUGGUUCCUGUGUUUGGAGUAACUUGGGUGUUCGGACCUUUCGCAAUUUCGAAAGAAAGUAGAAUUUUCGAGUAUUUAUUCGAUAUUUUAAACUGUUUGCAAGGAUUGGCAAUAUUUAUAGUCUACUGUCUCCUGGACGUGGAGGUUAGGGAGCAGUUCACCAAAUGGAGAGCGAGAAGAAAGAGACUUAAAGAUGCAAAAUCAGUUUCAUCACAGCAGCGGCUAAGUAUGGAGGAAAAGGGAGCUCUGGUGUCUCACAAAGGUUGCUCUGCUGCUAAAGAGGCGUGUAAUCCGCAAAUCGAUAGCACAAAAUCAUUACAAAAUAGAACAUCAAGCGGUGAUGGUACAUUUAAUGUUGAAAUAAAUUAUGCUAAUAAAUUGUCUACUUAAUAUUCCUAUACAUAAGAGACUUAUGAACGCCAUCUAUAUUAGUAACGGCACCAUCAGGGGUGGGGAGUCCCCACUUCAGACAGGUCUUAAACCUCAUAUCAAGAAUAGCUGUUUACCUUGUGGUAGGGAAUUUCUCUGUAAAAUUGAAAGUUAAGGUUCAUUUCAGUUCAUUUAAUUUUACACGCAUGUCAUGUACAAUGUGAAUGUAAUUUUAUUAGGCAGUUAGUAAUUGGUCUUGCGUUUUUACAGAUGACCAAUGGCUGAUAGCAACUUGCCCAAUAAUGGACUAUGUUUAACAAACUAUACAGUACCUGUAAAACGUCAGUUUCUGCAGUAUAAUCAUGGAGCUUAUUCUAUUAUAAUGCGAAGCAUUUUGAAGAAUAUAAAAACGAAAAUACAUAUAUA